AUGACGGGGAUAGUUGCUCAUCCUGAAGUUCCAGAGCUGUAUUCGGUAUGAGGGGAUUUCUUGAUGAAUCAAACACAUGUGGAAAUGUAGCAUAAACAGAUCCAAUAAUGGGGACAGACGCAUUACCGUGAUGGGACACAUACAGGUCCAACGAAGCCAAGUUCAUAUUUCACUCACAAUAUCUUCCCUUUUAAGUUGACCUCGGGGGAGAACCCAAAUAGUUUUAUACGGGAAGGAUCGGCUCCGAUCCGCGUUCAAACCCUUUACAAAGCUUUUAUAUAGUUACCAUUUUUGACAGACUGAAGGUUCCUCUUUCGUAUACCUAGUUCCACUGAAAAAUGGUACCCCAUAUACAAAGCGACGUUGUUUAGAACGCUAUAGCAAAAAUGUACAUGAUCACAAGCUAAGGUGUUCGAAUAACGGAGGGUACAAAAAGUGUUUAUCUCUUUUUGAAUAUGAUUCUUGCCAACGUCAAUAUUGUUGCUAGGACGUAAAUAUAUCGCAACUAAGUAAAGGAGGGGUACUGUGGCAUGGGUACUUUCACUUGGUAUUGCUUAUAUACACACUAAUAUCAAGAUAUAAAGAAAAAAAAAAUCUAUCAGUGGCUUACGUACUAAAAGCGGCUUGAAUUCAGAGACAAUAUCAAUGAAUAAAACCAAUGCCAUAGGCACGAAAAAUGCCUUGUACAUGAUAGCGAGGUGAUCAUACCAGGGACGGUGUUAAGAGUGUAUUUUUUGCAAAUGAUUCGCGCCAACACAAGUAUUGUUCGUGGAGAAUUAAUAGGGGUGGCGAAUGGUAAAAUCCGAGACUCGCCGAGACGCCGAGAUCCUAGUUAGAAAUCCGAGCCUGAGACCUUUUGGUGAAAAUUUUCAAGACUCAAAAAAGUAAAAAAGAUGUCUUCUGCGUAAAAAAAGUUCCAGCUCUGGAAAUCACUAUAAAUAUAGACAAAAUAGUACUGCAAGAUUUAAUAGCCAGUGAUAUUGUACCCAAGUAGAGUAAACAACUAGGCAAUUUAGAUGCUUCUUCAAAUCCGUGAUCCACAACUGUUAUGAUGUAUUUGUCACUUUUUCUCCUGUUCUUUGUUCCGUUUUUCGUUUAUGGCGCCACAAAUUCGUCUGUGAGUUCAAUUAAUAAGGACCCCUGUCACUAUUGCAACGUUCGGUUGACUUGCCAGUGCACGGACCUUGGCAAUGCCGUAAAGUCCUUAGAAUCAAAGGUGGAGAGUCUUAUUAAACAGAACAACAAAUCCUUUGGAAUCGGCGAUGCAGUUAAGUCUUUAGAGGCAAAGAUGGAGAGUCGCACUGGACUUAACAACAAAACUUCUUGCGUCGGUGAAGCUGUAAAGACCUUAGAAGCAAAGGUUGAAAGUCUGCUUGAACUGAAGAACAAGACUUCUGGAAUCGCCGAUGCGGUCAUGUCUUUGGAUGCAAAGGUGGAGGGUUUUACUGGACUGAACAACAAGACAUUUGGCGUCGCCGAUAUCUUAAAGUCCGUAAAAGUAAAGAUGGAAAACCUUAAUGGAUUGGACAACAGGACUUCUGGCAUCAGCAAAACCGUGAAAACUUUGGAGGCAAAGAUUGAGAGUCUUAGUGAACUGUGCAAUAAGACUUCUCGAGUCGGCGAUGCAGUCAAGUCCUUAGAAGCAAAGGUUGAGGAUCUAAUUGCGCUGAUUAAUCGUACUUCUUUUAUUCCACAACCGGUUCCGAUACCGACAGGUAAUUUAUAAAGAAAAGUACUAAUACAAUUGUUAAUAUUUCAUCUUCAGCAAAUGUCCUUUGGUCUUUGUUAUCCUCAACCCAGUUUCAAUUCUCGGUUUUAAUCUCGUCAGCUGCUGUCUCUUCUUGCAAAGACAAUAUACGAAAAAGACAAUAAUGAGCACAUUUUUAUUCAGGGAUAUUUUUUUCAGCACUGGCGCAUAGCUUUUGCAUUUGCUUGUUCAGCCGCCUAGCUGAAUUGUAUCAGUGUGAUACUGUCUUUCUUCAAACAGCUCAUUAAAAACAUUCAUAACUAUAACCAAACAUUCACAACGAAAGAAUGCUAUAUUGGGAAGCUACACGUGUAUGUAAUGUGCCUAAAUGAGGCUAACCCUGUUGGCAAUCGCUUACCUCUGCGAGUUACUGACCACUUUAGAAUGGAGUUUAUGUCUGAUGAUCACAACCGUACUUUGGCUGAUCGAACAAACGUCGACUUUUAUGCUCUUCAAUUUUCUCAUCGUAUUUUGCUUCGAUGUUGAUGCUAAUAUUAUCUUCCGGAUCCAAGCGCACAACGAGUAAGCGUACAACUAAAAUAAAAUAAAUUUGAUAAACAAGAAGAAUAAAAAAAUAAUUAAUAACUGACUUAAUGGAAAAAAAAGAACCGGUAGGCCUCUCGCUCAGGGUGCAGAGGACCUUGUCGAAUACGUGUUCUCCGGUUCCGCCUUGCCGCAAUUGAUUUCGCUAUUGAAUGGCGCCGUCUAGCCGAAGGUAGGUUCAGAUUUGUUGCUUUUACUGCAAGUUAUAAUCAAAUUCAAUAUACGAUGUUGUUCUUGUUGAUAAAAAGACAAUACUUGGGUGACAGGUUUUACUUUGCCUUGUGUAAGUGUGCGGUUCCUUUUUUCUUUUUCGCUUUGAUAUUUAUGUAGGGUCAGGUUGAAGACGACUUUAUGGCUUGCCAUUCGGAACCAAAUGAUAAAAAACGGUUAAAAUCCGCUUUAAAUAACAUUUGUUUUCAAAAUUUUUAUCGUGCACACAGAUUUUCAAAGUGAUUAUAUUUGAUGUUUUAAGGUUUAGUUAAUGUUGAAUACUUUGCAAAAUCUUUCAAUAAACUUUUGGUUUCAUGUCCUCUGAAGUGCCGGUCAGGCGGCUUCAACGGGGAUUUUGCAGAUGUCUUGUAAACGUUGGCAUUUAGCUUGUUAUUAAAAUAAGGUGUCGCCUGUUUCCUAAUUUUAUUAGCAAUCUUUUAUUUUUUUUAGUAUUAAAUCUAUUUGAGAGACAAAACGCUAUCCAGGAAGAUUCUGACUAUUUCCAAAAUGCUACUAGCAAAUUGCAUUCGUCGAGUGGUAUCGCUGUUAUAACUCCUUUCUACUUCAUUCAUUGUGUACAAGUCUGUAUUUCUUAGUGCUCUUAGCGUACGUUACCCUGGGUGCCAGAGGCUUUUCAUGCGCCGUUUCCGGUUUCGGUCAAGUCUUAAAAAGUGACCCGCUCGUGUCCUCGGCCUUCGGCCGAACACGUGUCGGCUUGGGGCCGACGAAACGAAGCUCCCCGUCGCACGCGAGAAAAAAAUCUCUGGUACCCAGGGUAAGCGUACGUACAAUGUAAUGAUCAAAUUUAUGUGCGUUUGUGCUGCUUUGAUUUUAACUGCAAAGGAGAUUUCCUCACGUCAUUGUCCGGUUGCAGCCACUAGUUGCAUAAUUUAGCGCUAUUUACUAAAUAUGUUUCCACUAGCGGAUGAAAAAAGGUAAAAAAAGGAGAAAAUCUUACCUUUUUCUAAUGGAUAUUACCCGAAGUUUAAGGAUGACUUUUGGCCUUUAUUUACAGCUUCAAUAUCAUUUUUUUUUUUGGACAAAAUUCUUUACCAUUCGGGCUUUGCAUUUAGUUCGUUUAAUGGCGUCUUAGUUUUGCUUUGCGUUAUUUUCCUCUCUUGUGUGUGUUGUCCGCGACUGUGCUCACGCGGUGGGAGGCUCCUCCUAGCUGGAGUGUUCUGCAAUUGGUAUAGGAUUUAAUGGAGCCGAAAUCAGUUGUGGGGCUGCGCGGUUUUUGGGCGUCCUGCCGAUGAACAGUUGGGGCACGUAGAUGUAUUUUUUAGCAACUACUGUAGUUUGCAGUCUGUCUACUUUGAAUACAUUUCUGUUCGUUUGAGUGCUUAGAAGUCAGUUCAAUUCCAAAAAUGUUAGAAAGUUCAUCAUUUUCUUCCAAUAUCGGGAGACUUUUCGAAUAGGCUAAGGAGAUCCGAGCCAUCCGAGAUCCGACCUUUUUUUUGCGCGUUGUGUUUAUGUAGAGAUUGAUAUUCUAACGAUUGAUAAAGAAUUCAAUUCUUUCUUUAUUUUUUUUGUCAUUGCGUACCAGAGGGACAGUCCUUAACAGAUAUUGCUCCAAACUGGGCAUUAUUAAUGGCGUCUUGGGCUAGGCUAUGAAUAAUGUUGUGGAAUUUGGUGAGAUUAACGUGAAAAAAAAAAUAAAUAAAUAAAAAGAAAUAGAAAUAGAAAUAGCCCCCUUCCCAACUCCUCUGGUGGUUUGGCUAUUCCAUCAAAUAUUUGACAACGGCCUCACUUCAGUCUCACUUUUUUUCCCAGAAUGUGAGAAUUACCAGAGCCUUACUGCCGCAGACAGGAAAAUAACUUACACUACCUACCACGGGUAUUGUGACAACAGCAUUACUGAAGGCUGGUAUCGUUUUGAGGGAGCUGCGGGAACUAGGAUGCCUACUUCAUGUAUAGAUCAAAAGAACAGUUGUGGUACUCACGCGACGAGCUGGUUGACAAAUGGACACCCUAGAGUGGCUGAUGGACGAGUCAUUAAGCCACUCUGUUUCAGCUACAGUGGGCAAUGCUGUUAUAAUGGUAUUAAACACAUCAACGUAACGAACUGUGGUUCCUAUUAUGUCUACCAACUGGUUAGACCAGGAAGUUGCUAUUACCGCUACUGUGGCACUGACUAA